AAGGGGAUGCAGAGGAAGAAGAAAAGGCAGAGAAGGAAGGGGAGGCAGUGGAGGGAGAAAAUGCAGAGGAGGAAGAGACUGGUGUCAUUUUAGAAGUGGAAGAAAUGGCAGAGACGAAUGCCAUGGCAAAGGGGGAAGAAAUGGCAGAGACUGAUGCCAUGGCAGAGGGGGAAGAAAUGGCAGAGACUGAUGUCAUGACAGAGGGUGAUGCUAAGGGAGAGACUGAUGUCAUGACAGAGGGUGAUGCUAAGGGAGAGACUGAUGUCAUGACAGAGGGUGAUGCUAAGGGAGAGACUGAUGUCAUGACAGAGGGUGAUGCUCAGGGAGAGACUGAUGUCAUGACAGAGGGUGAUGCUAAGGGAGAGACUGAUGUCAUGACAGAGGGUGAUGCUCAGGGAGAGACUGAUGUCAUUGCACAUACUAAUGUCAUGACAGAAGGUGAAGUCAUGGUAAAGAGUGAUGUCAUCUCAGAGCGUGAUAUCAUGGCAGAGGGUGAAGUCAUGGCAGAGGGUGAUAUCAUGGCAGAGGGUGAAGUCAUGGUAAAGAGUGAUGUCAUCUCAGAGGGUGAAGUCAUGGUAAAGAGUGAUGUCAUGGCAGAGGGUGAAGUCAUGGUAAAGAGUGAUGUCAUCUCAGGGGGUGAUAUCAUGGCAGAGGGUGAAGUCAUGGUAAAGAGUGAUGUCAUCUCAGAGGGUGAAGUCAUGGUAAAGAGUGAUGUCAUGGCAGAACGUAAUCUCAUGACAGUACCUACUACAGAAAACAUCGAUGAACUGACAAACGACAAUAAAGCUGAGGAAGUGAACCAAACCCGCAUCAUACCUGGACAUAUAUUCCUUUUAUAUCCAAUAUUAGGAAAUAGUUUCGGUGUUAAUCCAACAUCAAGAAGUGUGGCCAGUGUCAAUCUAGCACCUGGAAAUAGUUUCGGUGUCAAUCCAACAUCAAGAAGUGUGGCCAGUGUCAAUCUAGCACCUGGAAAUAGUUUCGGUGUCAAUCCAACAUCAAGAAGUGUGGCCAGUGUCAAUCUAGCACCUGGAAAUAGUUUCGGUGUCAAUCCAACAUCAAGAAGUGUGGCCAGUGUCAAUCUAGCACCUGGAAAUAGUUUCGGUGUCAAUCCAACAUCAAGAAGUGUGGCCAGUGUCAAUCUAGCACCUGGAAAUAGUUUCGGUGUCAAUCCAACAUCGAGAAGUGUGGCCAGAUUCAAUCUAGCAUCUGCAAAUAGUUUCGGUGUCAAUCCAAAUUCAGUUACCAGACAUAGUGUUAUUCCAACAUCAAGAAACAGAUUUGGUGUCAAUCCAGUAACUGUAAGUAGAGCCCCUGUCAAUCCAUCGCUUGGUAGUGGAUUAGGAAAUAUUGUAAGAGGCUGCCGCAACUUGUGCAGGACACCCCGGGGACCGGUUGCUUGCUGUGUGGAGUCCAACCGAGUCCAAAUACUCACUAAUGUUGUCAAGCAAGGGUUUUGCCCAACUAUCCAAAUCGUCUGUCCACACUUCCAAAGAAUCCAUCGCCCAACAUCCUGCACCAGCGAUCGUAACUGCAAAGGCAUUAACAAGUGCUGUUUCAACUCUUGUCUAAAACAACACAUUUGUACACCUCCUCUUGCCUUCGGUCGAUAAAGGUUUAAUUAUAUAUUUUUCUAAAUUAUUCUUUAGCCACCUGAGACCCAGCAAAUCUCCGCUGGUAGGGUACAAAUUAUUAUUUUUUGUUGACUUUAUACAUAAAUUAUGUAAACUACUUCUUUAUAUGUAAGUUGUUCCCUCAAAGUAGAACAUAAAAUAAAAAUUCUUACUGUAA